AUGCCGCAGAAAGCUUCCGCAGGUGACAUUUGCCAGGCUGUGCUGGGAUUUGUCACGGAUGGCGCAUAUCCAGAGGAGAACAUUGUGGUAGCCAAGUUCCCAGCUGCAGGCUUAGCAAAGGAAUUGGAGUUAAUAUCAAAGGCGCGAGAACAGGUGGAGAAUGAGAUCAGCUCCCUCAGCCGAGAGAACCACACCUUCGAUGCCGACCAGUGGAUCGUCCAAGCGAAACAACUCCAUGCAGACAUAGAGCGCUCCAGAGUGACUGCGCGGGAAAUCGUGUCCCAGCAUGAACAAACCAAACCACUUCAAGCAAAGGUGGAAGACGCCGAUGCGAAAGUUGGGUUGAUCGAGACGGAAAUCGCAUUCAACCAGGCCGUGACAGAAACCUUGGAAGAGGUGCAGCGGUUAUGGCAACAGCUGGAGUCCGGUCGGAUUGCCUUGGGGGCUGGUCAAAUCACCGUGGCCAUUGAGCAGUUAGAGUCUACAACAGCAGCAAUCGGCCAGGAUACUCCUUUCUCAAACACCAAUGUCAUGGGAAUACUUACAAGUGAGGUGGCCCGACUACGAGAUGAGAUCGAGGUAGCCGUACUUCAACGUUGGGACGAACAGCUCAAUGUUGAUCGCGCAAAGAGCCAAUUCCGAGCUGUCACUGUUGCGGGGGCCGAUUCAUUAGAUGACACAAUUUCGUCCAUCUCACGCCUGAACAUUCUUAAUCCUGCCACUGAAAAAUUACAGAAGGAUCUUAUUUCAACAAUCAUUGAUCCGAUUCUACUACCUCGAGCAGACAGCAACAGUCGUGCUGUGGACGUAACGGAAACAGCCAUUCGCAUUGAGCCUGAACUUUCCGAGACAACUAUAGCCGACACAUUCAAUCGCGUCAUAGAUAUUCUCAACAAUCUCCGACAAAAUCUUCCCUCGUCAAUUUUGGAUAGUCUUUCUCAAUCAUUGAUACAAACUAUCUCUUCGAAAGCGAUAUCAGGCUGGCUCUCUUCUGCAAUUCCAACCACUCUCGAUGGCCUUGAGGACUUUGAACAUACUUUGAAUAGUGUUUUGCAAUUUACCCAAAAGAUCGAGUCCUGGGGCUGGAGCGGACAAGAAGAGCUUGUUUCGUGGGUUAAUCAAGCUCCCCGACUCUGGUUGACUCGGCGCCGAGUUGAUUCUCUUGACAGCGUACGAAAGGCAAUCGCUGCUAGCAAAGGAUCGACCAAGCAAGUUGAAAGGAUCGAAAAGGAGCAAAUAUCCCAAGAGGAGAAUGAUCUUCUUGACAAUGCACUUGUCGAUGAUUGGGAUGCAGACUGGGAUGAUGACAAGGAAGAAGCCCCAGCGCCCGACGCCCCGACUGCUAAUCAUGAAGAUGAAGAAGAUGUCAGUGCAUGGGGUCUCGACGAUGAGGACACUGAAGAAACAACCAAACCGGAUGAGCCCAACCCCACAGCAGAGGACGGUGCAGAUGAUGCUUGGGGCUGGGGCGAUGAUGACGAUGAACAAGAAAGCAAGGCAAAUGAGGCAAAGCCUCCAGCCGAAGCAAACAAAAACCAUAAACCUACUGGAGACCCGGCCAAGCCUAAGGAAGUCGUUCUCAAGGAAGUCUAUACGGUUACCGACAUUCCAGACUCCAUCCUCGAAAUUGUUCUCCGGCAAAUAUUCGAUUCCAAAGAUAUUACUCAACCUCGGCACUCAAAAUCUCGCGUCGCUUCUUCUGGUGCUGGUCUACUCGCACUCCCAACCUUGAUCUUGGCGAUGUUCAAAGCCAUAUCCUCCUCGUCUUAUGCAUUCAAGCUCAAUUCGGGUCAAAUUUAUCUUUACAAUGAUUGUCUAUACCUCGCUGGUCGUGUUCAGGGGCUGAUCGAAGAACACAACCUUGCUAGACUCAGUCCCGAUGUGCAAGCAUUGGAAAGAUUCGGAAAGUUUGCGUACAGCAAAGAGAUGCAAACCCAAAGCACUAUUGUUACCGACUUGCUCGAUGGCGCGCAAGCAUUCGGAAAUUGCUCUGAAAAUCCGUACAAGUCAGAGUGUGAGAAUGCCGUCAGUGCAAGUGUUGACCGAAUUCGCGAUGUGUACAAGGAAUGGCAGCCCAUCCUAUCUCAUUCCGCACUGCUUCAGUCCAUUGGAUCUCUCUUAUCUACGGUUAUCGGCAAGAUAAUCAUGGAUAUUGAAGAUCUCGGCGACAUCUCCGAGGAGCAAUCUAAACAACUAGUGUCCUUCUGCAACCAGGUUUCUAAGUUGGAGGAUCUCUUCCUACCUGAACAAACCGGAGAUUCUGAAGCUGUGCCAGUCACUGCUGUCUAUGUUCCAAACUGGCUUCGCUUCCAAUAUCUAAUCAACAUUCUAGAGAGUUCAUUGGCCGAUAUAAAGUUUCUGUGGAUUGAGGGUGAAUUAGGUCUGGAGUUUGCCAUGGACGAAGUGAUCGACUUGAUUGUCGCUCUAUUUGCAGAGUCGGACCAUCGCCGACGUGCUAUUGCAGAGAUUCGGCGAGCGCCACGGAAAAGUGGGGCUGAUCUCCGCGCUCUGCGCUACUGUGCCGCACCGGUCACCGUAUUUUUUCCUCACCCAGUGCAGACUUGUUCAAGCGACAGCCACACCAGAACAGAGUCCACGACCCCCAUUCUGGACAAAUUUUCAUCCAUCAUGAGUGACGAACUUAACUCAACCGUUGAGGAAGCUGCGCAAAGACAGGUCCGUGUGCAGCUGACCAGCAAGCAGGAGGAUGUUGCUCUUCCUGAAAGCACUGGCCCAAUUCUCGUCCCUACUGGUCUACGACGUUAUGCGCUGUCAACCCUGGUGAACAACCUGCUCGGAAGUGAAAAGCCGGUCCCGUUUGAAUUUUUGAUCAAUGGAACAUUUCUACGCACCUCGAUUGACGAAUACCUUACGGCGAAUGGAAUCUCCGCCGAAACAACUCUCGAGAUUGAAUACGUCCGCGCUCUGAUUCCUCCACUGCACAUCGCUUCUUUUGAACAUGAUGAUUGGGUUAGCGCUACCGACGUGCUCUCCGAGGCUUCGCCUGCCGCCUCUUGGGCCUCAGGUGCUAAGUUCUCCAAGGGCCAAGAAAGAAUUUUGUCUGGAAGCUACGAUGGGUUACUUCGUAUUUGGAACAUGUCAUCUGAGAUCAUUGCGACAUCGCCUGGUCCCAGUGAAGGUGGACACACUGCGUCUAUCAAGGCCGCCAAAUUUGUGUCGCCAAACCAGAUCGCCACAGCCGGUCUGGACCGCACCGUUCGACUAUGGAAGUAUACUGAAGAUGCGAGCGAUUUCACCGGCAAAUUAACUCCUCAACUGGAGCUAUACGGACACAAAUCCGCCGUUGAUUCUUUGGCUGUGCAUGCUCCAUCCAAUCGCCUUAUGAGCGGUUCUUCUGACCAUACUGUUGGAUUCUGGUCCACAAAGAAGGCCGAUGCCCCCGCAGCACCGGAGAACCUACUUUCAUCAAGCCAUGGCCGUAACUCGAAGCGACGAAAGAUGAACACCUCUGUCAGCGCAGCGCAGCGCGGACCCUUGGCUCUCUUGUCCGGCCACACAGGCCCCGUGUCUGCUGCUAUUUUCGAUGCGAAGGAUUCAACUGUUGGAUACUCUGCUUCUUGGGACCAUUCCCUGCGCACUUGGGAUCUGGUCACUGCUUCUUUGGUCGAUACCCGCACUACCUCCCACUCGCUUCUCUCCCUCGAGCAUCUGCCCGAGCACAACCUGUUGGCAGCCGGUACUUCCGCUCGCCAUAUUACUCUUAUUGAUCCCCGUGCUUCUGCCACUACUGUGGCCGCUAUGACACUCCGUGGACACACCAAUGCCGUCGUGAGCUUGGCUCGUGACCCCCAUAGCGCAUACGGCCUCAUCAGUGGUAGUCAUGACGGCACAUGCCGAAUCUGGGAUAUUCGCUCUACUAAGACUGAUAAGGAUGGCGUGGUAGGAGAGAGUGUGUACUCGAUUGCUCGUAAGAGUCUCGAGGAGGAGGGUAAGGCCGAUAGCAAGCGUGUUGGCGGUGAAGGUAUUAAGGUCUUUAGCGUGUGCUGGGAUCCUGCAAUUGGUAUUGUAAGCGCAGGUGAGGAUAAGCGGAUCCAGAUCAACCGUGGUGAAGGUGUUCUUUCCUCAACACAGUAG